AUGCAAACCACGAUUGAAUACUUAGAAUUGUCAAUUAUUUCUGGUUCACUGGCGGAAGAAACUCAGUUACAUGUUUCAAUUCUUGCGUCUAACUUUGUAAAAGCUCAAUACAAAGAUGUUUUAACUUCAAGUUUUGCUCAAGAAUUCUUUGGGACAAAUCUAAAUUCAGAAACCAGAGCUGCCCAGCCUGCGCUUGAACAGCUUAGAGAAACUUUCAAUGUGGCCGCUUAUAUUUCAUACAGACUUGAACUUUAUUUCGACGAAUCUUCUGAAAUCUCGAGAGAAGAUCCACUAUCUAAACAACUUUGUGUACUAUGCAUAGCAGCUAGCUGUUUAAACGCUUUCAUACAGAAUUCUUGGACCGGUCCGGCUUUCGAUUUGGAACCACCAAAAGUAUUGCCCGAGUCUGUUAGAGAAUACUCUAAUGAGCUUAAUAAAAAGGCAUUGGAACUACUAUCGACGGACGGCGAAGAAGCCUAUCAUUUAACACCUUAUGCAGUCUACCUGUUAAUUGCACGUACCGUUCUUAUAGAUAACGCAGCUUAUUUGUCAAGUCUAAAAACUACACCUUGGUGGGGUCAAAGGGCAUUAUUUAUCCAGCAACGAAUCCUUGACAACGUUGUUGGUUCAUUACACGAUUCUAUACUCAAAUAUCUCGAAUCUCUCGGUAAUGUUUUUUCCCAAUUAUCUGAAGAAAAUUCACCGAUACACGCUCGAUAUCAUACGGAAUACGGUCUAGUCUAUCAUUACUAUGGACAAGAUGCGCUCGCAGUAAAUCAUUUCGUCAAAGCACAAGAGGCUAGUGGCUUAAAAUGGAAAGUCACUGGUGCAUUGGGCAGACGUACAAAAUUCCAAACAUUUGAUGUUUCACAGCUUUUAAUUGUCGCGAGCAGUGCGAAUAGAUCUGGAGAAACUGUGACUAGUUCAAGUAAUAAAGCACCUGAAAAUGUUUUAUUAAAUGAUGAUACGUUAUUGGAAAAUAUUCAAUUUAAUAAAGAUGAAGCCAGUGAGAAACGAGAAGAAAACGAGGCAGAUUCUGAAGAGAACGAAAAAGAUCUUCAAACUAAUCUUAAAAUCAUCGAUCAAUGUAUACUUUUAGCCUUUUGCUUGAAUGUCAAAAAUACUAAUCCUUCGCACAUUAUAACUACUGAACAAAUGGUUCCUUAUGUGUCUCGUGUUCUUGAAAAUCCUAAUAACUGGAUGGUGCAUACAAUGGGAUUACUGUUAAGAUCAAGACUUGAAAAGGAAAAAUCACGUACAGUGGAGCGUUCAGCUCUUCAACUGCAAGCUUUAGUAGAUCAAUUUCCACUUGAAUCACCUAACGCCCAAGAACGUAUUGAAUAUUUCUAUCAAAUACUCUUGCCCUCGAAAUGGGAUAUGGAAAAAGAGUUAGCAGGACGAUUUAUGUCUCUUGGAGUUAUUCGUUCAGCGUUAGAAAUAUUUGAAAGAUUGGAGUUAUGGGAAGAAAUUAUUAAUUGUUAUGUAAUGCUGGAAAAGGAAAAUAAGGCCAAGGAGAUAAUUCAUGAAAGAUUAAAUAUAACACCGAAUUCACCUAAAUUAUAUUGUAUUUUGGGUGAUAUUGAAAAAGAUCCGAAACACUGGGAACAUGCUUGGGAAAUAUCCGGGAAUCGAUAUGCUCGUGCGAUGAGAUCGUUAGGUGGAUAUUGGUACAAACAACAACAAUACCAAAAGUCAAUAGAAUGUUAUGCCAAGGCACUCAAAAUCAAUCCGCUUUUCGAAAAUUCUUGGUUUAUGCAAGGAUGUGCUGCAAUGCAUAUUAGUGAUUGGGAUAUUGCUAUACAAGCAUUUAGACGAGUAAUCAGCAUUGACCCAGAAAAUUCAGAGGCAUGGAAUAAUCUUGCAUCAAACUUUAUAAAACAAGGUCGAAAAAUUGAUGCUUUUAAUGCUUUUCAACAAGCUUUGAAACAAAAUUAUGAUAGUUGGAAGAUUUGGACAAAUUACAUGUACACGGCGAUAGAUAUCGGGGAAUUUUCAGAAGCUAUACGCGCAAUGCAACGUGUAGUGGAUUUACGUUGGGAAAAGGAAAAAGAAAAAUGUGUUGAUCUUGAGGUUCUCGAAAUAAUUGUAAACUCGGUGACACGUGGACUCGAUAACAGUGACAGGCUUGCACCUAAAGUUGAGCGAUUAUUAACUGAGACCAUAACUUCACGAUUAACAACCAAUCAAAAGAUAUGGCAUAUUUUUGCAGAUUUUUUGUUUUGGCAGAAACAAUAUGAUCGCUGUUUGGAGGCUCAUUUAAAAGCUUAUCGAUGUGUAUUACAUGAUCCACGAUUAGAUACUUCCUUGGAGGUGUUUAACCAAGUGGCUGCUACAGCACUGAAUGUUGUUGAGAUAUAUCAGAAUUUAGGCGAUUUGAAAGUUGUCAUAAAGGAAGAAACUAAGAGUAACGCGACGGAUGUUACGUCUAUUAAUGAAACUGAAAAAGUUGUAUGUAAAGAUUGGCGAUAUCAGGCAAAAAUAUUAUUGAGAACACUAAUUGGGAGAACAAAAAAUUCUUUUGAGGGCAGCGAAAUGCAUGAUUUGUUGAAAGUAACUUUGAAAGAAUUGAGCUCAUGA